GACGCUCGUUUACCCCUCUCCCCAUAGGAGCGCUUCAUACCCGGCAGUCGAGUUCAGCAACGAUGUGAGGCAGCAGGCAGCCGCCCUCUCCUCGCUAUUUAUAGCGGCCGGGAGGAGCCAGGGAUCGGGACGGCUUCCGCCUCCGGGCUUGCUCGGGGCCGCGGCAGCAGCAGGACGGACACAGGGAGCUCCCCUCGUGCCUUGCCCUGGGCUGCCCAGCCAGAGAAGAAUGUCCUGAGCUGGAUUUUGCAAGAUGGCAGCAAAUGAGAGCUUCAGUGCCGCCCACCCUGGAGAUCCCCAGCCUGGGGACCUGAUUGAGAUCUUUCGGCCAGCAUACCAGCACUGGGCUCUCUACCUGGGAGAUGGGUACAUCAUCAACGUAACACCUGUGGAGGAGGGACCACCAGCCACAUUUGGCAGCGCCAAGUCGGUGUUCAGCCGAAAGGCCAUGGUGAGGAUGCAGCUUCUGAAGGAGGUGGUGGGAAACGACACCUACCGCAUCAACAACAAGUACGAUGGCACCUACGCUCCCCUCCCUCUGGAGGAGAUCAUCCGACGUGCCGAGUACCUCAUCAACCAGGAGGUGUCCUACGACUUGCUGGGAAACAAUUGCGAGCACUUCGUCACGCUGCUCCGCUAUGGCGAGGGGGUCUCUGAGCAGGUAGGCAACACAUGCUGCCCAGGGUCCAUCCUUGUGGGGUUGGCAUGGAGACGCUUAGUGUGUCUGUGCACUGUGGCACAGCUCCAGCUGUGCAUGGGGACAGUACAGCCCCUGGGCUGGGGUCCAAAUCAUCACAGGCUCACAAAAUACUCUGAACCAGGAGGCUCCCUGGGGCUGGGGUACUGCUUUUGUUCAGCACAAGGAUGAAGGCAUGGGAUCGCUUACUCAUUUCAUUGCCCUGAUUAGCUCUACCUGCUCUUCAUUCAUGUGCCUAUGUUUUGCUCUCCCUCCGCAGGCCAACCGAGCCAUCAGUGCCAUCGGGUUUGUGACGGCGGCUGCAGGUGCCUUCUCUCUGCUGGGCCUGUUGCGGAGCCGGAGCCGAGAGAGG